AGGGCUUACUUCAUUUCUCUGUUUGUUCUUAUUUCUCACCCCUAUUUUCUGCCCGCCGACCGCCGACCGCCAAUCUCUCUCUCUAAAGAUGGCAUCGAAGGCUGUCAUGGAUUUCGACUUCAGUAGGGACAAAGAUAUAGCGAAAGAUUUUCUUUCCAAUUUCGCCAACGCCGAUGGUGAAGCCAAAUACAUGAAACUUUUUCAAGAAGUUGCGAACCACAAGGUCAAGGCUAUCCAAAUUGAAAUCGAAGACCUAUUGGAUUAUAAAGAUGUGGACGAAGAUUUUGUUAGACGGGUCACUGAUAAUACCAAGAGAUAUCUUGGAAUUUUUGCUAAUGCAAUUGAUGAGCUUAUGCCUGAAGCAACUGAACCAUUUCCUGAUGAUGACCAAGAUAUCUUGAUGACCCAACGAGCUGAGGACGGGAGUGAAAACGUGGAGGGUUCUGAUCCAAAACAAAUGAUGCCACCGGAGAUCAAACGCUACUAUGAGGUUUACAUCACAGGGUCUUCCAAGGGUCGACCAUUUACUAUUAGGGAAGUCAAGGCUUCUUCCAUUGGCCAGCUUGUGAGCAUAUCGGGUAUCAUUACACGAUGCUCAGAUGUGAAGCCUUUGAUGCAAGUAGCUGUAUACACUUGUGAUGAAUGUGCUUUUGAAAUCUACCAGGAGGUAACAGCUAGGGUAUUUAUGCCUCUGUUUGAGUGCCCAACCAGUCGCUGUAAAACAAACAUUACAAAAGGGAACCUAAUCCUUCAACUUAGAGCAUCAAAGUUUUUGAGGUUCCAGGAGGCCAAGAUUCAAGAGUUAUCUGAGCAUGUUCCAAAAGGUCAUAUUCCACGGACAAUGACUGUUCACUUUAGGGGAGAACUCACCAGAAAGGUUGCUCCAGGAGAUGUUGUAGAGAUAUCAGGGAUUUUUCUACCAAUUCCUUACACUGGCUUCCGAGCUAUGCGAGCUGGUCUAGUUGCAGAUACAUACUUGGAGGCCAUGUCUGUUUCACAUUUCAAGAAAAAAUAUGAAGAGUACGAACUAAGAGGAGAUGAGAAAGAACAAAUUGCCAAGUUAGCUGAUGAUGGUGAUAUGUAUAAUAAGUUGUCACAAUCUUUAGCACCUGAAAUAUAUGGCCACGUAGAUAUUAAGAAGGCACUUCUUCUACUUCUUGUUGGCGCUCCUCAUAGAAAACUUAAAGAUGGAAUGAGGAUCAGAGGAGAUCUGCAUAUUUGUCUGAUGGGUGACCCAGGAGUGGCAAAAAGUCAGCUUCUGAAGCAUAUAAUAAAUGUUGCGCCUAGGGGAGUUUACACCACAGGAAAAGGAAGCAGUGGAGUUGGUCUAACUGCUGCUGUACAAAGAGAUCCAGUAACAAAUGAGAUGGUCCUUGAAGGGGGGGCUCUGGUGCUAGCUGAUAUGGGUAUAUGUGCCAUAGAUGAGUUUGAUAAGAUGGAUGAGUCUGACAGGACAGCAAUACAUGAAGUAAUGGAGCAACAGACUGUAAGCAUUGCAAAAGCAGGGAUCACUACAUCUCUCAAUGCCAGAACAGCUGUUCUUGCUGCUGCAAAUCCAGCCUGGGGACGUUAUGACAUGAGAAGGACCCCAGCUGAAAAUAUUAAUCUCCCUCCAGCCUUAUUGUCAAGAUUUGAUCUUCUGUGGUUGAUAUUGGAUAGAGCAGACAUGGAUAGUGAUCUUGAAUUGGCUAGACAUGUUGUCUAUGUCCAUCAGAACAAAGAAUCUCCUGCUCUUGGGUUCACUCCUCUUGAGCCAUCAGUUCUGCGGGCAUAUAUAUCUGCUGCAAGGAAAGUAUCGCCUUCUGUCCCAAGAGAGCUGGAGGAGUAUAUUGCCAGUGCCUACUCAAGCAUCCGGCAAGAAGAAGCAAAAUCAAACAGUCCCCAUUCAUAUACUACAGUCAGGACACUACUUAGCAUCCUCCGUAUAUCUGCUUCUCUUGCUCGGCUGCGAUUUUCUGAAUCGGUUCUUCAAAGUGACGUGGAUGAGGCGCUGAGAUUAAUGCAGAUGUCAAAGUUUUCAUUGUACUCAGAGGAUAGGCAAAGGAGUGGACUGGAUGCAAUAUCUGAUAUAUACUCAAUAUUGAGAGAUGAAGCGGCAAGGAGCAAUAAAAUGGAUGUCAGAUAUGGCGAUGCUCUUAACUGGAUAUCUAGAAAGGGUUAUAGUGAGGCCCAACUGAAGGAAUGUUUGGAGGAAUACGCAUCGUUGAAUGUGUGGCAGAUCCAUCCAAAUACUUUUGACAUCCGUUUUAUUGACAUUUGAAGAAAUCAUCAUCAUCAUCAAACUAUUGUAUUAUUAUUAACAGUACUAGUACUAGGAAGCAUAAUUUCCAAGUGAUGGCAAACCAAAGUUACUUAUUUGUGAGGUUGGGAGUAUAGUUUAGUAUUUACCAUUCUGUGUAUGGAUUUCAUUUCAUUUCAUUGCUCAUCUCAUUUAUAAUUGUCUAACGUUAUUUUUCAUCUGGAAAAACCUACCCUCAUAUGUUUUGUGUCCCAUUGUAGCCAUCUAUGUUUUAUAGUACUUCAAUGUUUGGUAGAUAUUUGUUUUAACUUUAAUUAGUUUGUAUUUGAAGUUUCCCAGACAGAAGUUAUUGUUACCUAGUUUUCAAUUUUUACUUAUUUCAUAUUGUUAGCAUAGCAUGUAACUUUUCUUUUGCUUGUUUACUUUUUUAUAUAUUAUUUUACUGUGAGA